AUGGGGUUUUUCUGGGCAGAAAAUCAACAAAAUACACAGAAUUCGAAUGAUUUAAUCAAUAAUUCGUUUCCUAGUAAAGAAUAUGAUGAAAAAUGUCCUGUUAUUAGCUCUGAAAAUAGAAGUACAUGUCCCUAUGAACCAGAAAAAGAUAAGAUCAAUAUGUUGAACAGAAUGCCGAAAAAUUUGCCUCAAACAAUUGCACAUGGUCAGAAAAUAGCUCUUCCUACAAAACGUACAAUUUCUUCGAUUCCUAGACACAAUACCAAUGAAAACUGGGAAUAUCCUUCUCCACAACAAAUGUAUCAUGCAAUGGUUCAAAAAGGUCAUCAAGAUGUACCAGAGGAUGCAGUUGAGUCAAUGGUAGAAAUACACAACUUUUUGAAUGAAAGUGCUUGGAAUGAGAUAAAAAAAUGGGAAGAACGGCGUGGAUGUUCUAAUCCCAAGCUCUCUCACUUUAAAGGAAGAGCAUCGAAUCCUACACUUAAAUCACGUAUGCUAUAUUACAUUGGGAAAAUUUAUCCUUCAAAAUUUGGAUGUGAUUUACCUUUUGAUACACACGAUUGGUACAUUUCUCGGGACGGGAAGAUUGUUCGAUACGUUAUUGAUUAUUAUGAUGCUCCUCCCGAGCCAUCAGGCGAACCUGUAUUUUAUUUAGAUAUACGGCCGGCAAUUGAUACGCCGACUGCAGCGUACGACAGAAUCAGUGUAUGGAUGGUCAAAAAAUGGACACAGUUGUCCAAAAAAUUAAAGGAAUUUUAUUCUUGA